CACGGAAGUAGUUGCCUUUAAAAUUAAUCAUUGAAUAUACUAUUUAAAGUACAUUUCAGUUAACAUUUAGCCAGGUAUGGUCGGUCAACUUAUAAGUUGUGUCGCUGAUUACAGCAGGAAACUAUGGAUAUCACAUAUUUUUUAAGAAUGCAAGUCACAUCAUGUUGUGUUGUUGUUUUCUGUUUGGUUUCAUUCAUUGGAAAGAUUAACAGUACAACAGAUCUAAAUCAUAGUGUAUUAGUGAUCAACUGUCCAAAGCAAUUUCGACAAUUAAUAGCACAGCAAAUCUGUCUGAAUCCCCAAACUUAUCAUUGUUUGCGGGUUCGAAACAAUGUCAAACAAUUACAAUUUCUGCAGACCUGUAAUUACAGUAGAACACCAGUUCCAGAAGGGGAGUACCCGAUACAAGAUAAGGAUUCCGGUAAUUUGAAUUCAGAGAUUUGUUCGGAAGGUGAAUUCCAAUUUAAUUCUUCUUGGUCAAACGAACAAUCAAGAUGCCUAUUCGAAAAAUCCUUGUGUAAUGAAGAAGGUCAAAUAAUUUACUCAGAUGAAAAUUCUAUUAGGGAUAGACGCUGUACAUGUGAUCAUACAAAUGGAUACAAGUUUACUACAUACCCAAUAAAUCGGCACUAUUGUGUUCCAUUCGAUGAAGAUUGUUCGUGCUACAGAGAUAUGACACAAGAAGAUUCAUAUACACUUGAUAUCAAGAUUGUUAAUGAAUGUCUUAACUAUCUGGACAUGUCAGAGGAACCAACUAAAUGUUACCAAGCAGUUAAAUUAUUGUACAAAUACAAAAGAAUGACUCAAGAAUCGCAGGACAUUACAAGUAAACCUGAAAUUCAUGACGAACAGACUUAUGAAAAACAACGAAACUGGUACAUUGGACUUCUAAGGACAAUUGUCAUAUGCAUCGUAUGCUUUUUGUUAAUGACUGUCUUGUUUAUAUGGAAUUACGAAUGCAUGACUGCUUUGUGGCUGAGAAAAAUGUUUUGUACUGAACAAGAAUGUUCUAAGCAUAUGUCAAACAAAGUUGUUAAUACAGAAACACCAGCAAAUGCAGAAAAUAGAUGUCAUACAAUGACCACCAACGAAGAACAUCCAUCCAAUGAAUCGAACGAUCUUAUACCUGAGUCUGAUCAAGGACGCAGAAUGGGUACGCGUGUCAUUGCGCCAGAUACCACAGCCAUUUCAGGACCAAGUAUUUUAACAUCCUUAGAAACGUCCAUAUUAAACCAUUUAGACGAAAAUGGUGUUAAUCCAAAGAAACACAACGCAGGAUCAAGCAGAAGACUGUUACCAAGAGUAGAAAACGAUGAGAAAUGUUUAUGGUCAAAUGAUUCAAAGGACAUACACGGAGCUGAAUAUACUGCAUCUCCGGUUAGGGACAUUACUGUUAUGAGUGUUGAGUUUGAUAACUCUGUAGAGAGAUACAUUCAACAUUUAGAAUUAUUGAAUAAAAAAUAUGACGCAGGCGCUACCAUUGAAAAAUUCCCUGAAAAUGCUUCAAAGGAACAACAAGACAUUAUCUUGAGAUCGUCUCGUCAUAUCUUCAUAUAUAUAACAGAAGAUUUUACGAUUCAGAAAUUCAAACAAGUAGUUGAUUUUGAAUAUUUGAAAAGAAAAUAUUUUGCUGAUCCAAUCAACAUAGAUAGAGUUAAAUUGAUAUAUGACAAUGCUGAUAAUAUUCCUGAAGAGCUGAAAGCACUAAAUAGCAUACCGUAUUGUACAGCCGGAAACAGCGAAAUUUACAAUAAUAGAAUGCAGUAUUAUUUUGUUGUGCGCAAGAAUUAACAAAAACACUAAGGCCUCGUUACUUUUUUUGUUUGGAAAUUUUCUUUUGUAAUCACAGAAAUGACUGCUGAAUAUAUUUUGAAAUCAUCGCCGGUAUUAUUUGGCCGCAUGCACACAUCAAUGCAUGUACUAUUCUACUAUUUAGAAAUCGUGUAUAUUUUACAUUUCAUUAUCAUUUAUUUUAAUCAUGGUUCUCAAACUCAAGGAAAGGGUUUUUUAAAUGACGAAAAUACAAAAUUAAACAAUAAGAGCCUGACAAAGGAAACAAUACGGACCUCACUAUACCUGAGAUGAACUCUUGUAAUUCAAUUUAGUAUCAAACAGGUCAUGUUUUGGAAGCGAUAUCUACCGCUGCUUGUAAACGUUGAAAAUACGAUGAUAUUUUUGAAGUGACUUGUAAUGUUUGUGUCAUUUUAGUCUUUUGUGGAUAGUUGUCUCAUUGGCAAUCAUGCCACAUCUUCUUUUUUAUAUAUAAGUCAUGUUUUUCUAAGAGUAAUUAUACAAGUAUACAAUAAUGGUCAUUUUUGUAUCAAGUGGCCGUAAAAUAUUUGGCAAUAUGCUUUUAACCUUUACAUAAUAAUGAUAAUAAUAAUAAUAAUAAUAAUAAUAAUAAUAAUAAUAAUAAUAAUAAUAAU